GCGCGUUUUGUUGUUGUAAUCAUUCAUUCAGUUGCGUUCGUUCAGUAAAUUCUGACGUCCUCUAAAUAGUCUGUGGUUGUGAAUCAGUUGAAUUUGUUUGACGCAUGUAUUGACAGCUGUUAUUCAAUACUCGAUUCGAUCGAACAAAAAUAAUUAAAUAAUAUUAAUUUUCUCAUAAUGUUUAAGUGAAAAGUGACUGAAAACCUAAAUCAAAACAAAACAUAUACAUGUGCAAGUGCUUAAUCGUCAAACAAACCCUAGAAGCCCUACAAUAGAAACAAAAUACGUACUGAAGAGUAUUAGAAAAUUUUAGUUUAUUAAUUGAACCGUAGUGUUUUACGGUAACAAUGGAUACGACAGGGUCUAUUAAUACUGACGCUAUAGAGAGUAUUGAAAACGAGGAAGAAGUUAUUGACGAUUCUGAAGAGCGAGAGCUGGUGACUGACUCAUGUUCCACGAAGGUAUUGGACGCUGGCGAGCAGCCUAGAGACAAGUACUGCAUUGUGUACAUACUGUUCUACCUGUUCGGAGUAACAUCACUAGUGCCCUGGAAUUUUUUGAUCACCGCCAAUGAUUAUUGGAUGUACAAGUUCCGAGAUGUCACACCAAAUAAUCUCACGAUGGUGGUUCGGAAGACGCCAUUUCAAGCCGAGUUCACUUCGUACCUCAACGUGGCAACGGCCAUUCCUAAUUUAUUGUUCCUCAUACUGAACUCUUUAUAUGGACACUUAGUGCCAUUAAAGGCAAGACUACAAGGCUCACUGAUUAUAGUGACAAUAUGCUUCCUGGUGACGACCACAUUUGUGCAGAUCAACACGGAUGAAUGGCAGAACACGUUCUUUAUCAUCACUAUUGUGUCUGUCGUUAUUAUGACUGCUGCCAGCGCAGUCUUCAUUGGCGGCCUAGUAGGAAUCGCGAGCCGAUUCUCCAAAGAAUACAUGGCUGCCGUAGUCAGCGGCCAAUCUCUAGGCGGGAUCAUAGCCGCAAUCGCCCAAAUCAUAUCCCUUGCCUUCAAAAUAUCCCCUUUACACAGUGCUUUAAUAUACUUCGUUAUAGCUGACAUAAUGGUCGUGACGUCAUUGAUUUCCUACGCCUUAUUAUACAAGAUUGACUUCUUUACAUAUCAUAUUCUUCGUGGGUCGGGAGGCAUAGCGGCGAACAGACAUAGGGAGGUGUAUAUGACGUUGGUGAUCAAGAAAGUAUGGGUGUACGCGUUUAGUAUCUUCGCUGUGUUCGCGAUAAGUAUGGCGGUGUACCCCGCUGUGACUGUGCUGGUGGAGUCUCAUCCCGCUACGGCUGGCACUGAUUGGAAUAAUAUAUUCUUCGUUCCUGUGGUGAACUAUUUAAUCUUCAACUGCGGAGACUACGCUGGACGAUUGGUAGCCGGAUUCCUGUUGCGACCAACAAACCAAUGGAUAAUCGCCUUCGCCUCUGUCCUACGUGUGAUUGGCGUACCGAUGCUGAUGCUAUGUAACGCGCAGCCUCGCAAGCAUCUCCCCGUCGUGUUCAUGUGGGACUGGGAGUAUAUCAUCAUCAUGAUAGUCUUCGCCUUCACUAAUGGAUACCUCACUAAUAUCGUCAUGAUUAAUGCUACCAGGGUGGUAGAACUUCAUGAGCGUGAGAAAGCAUCAGGAUUAAUCGCGACAAUGCUCAGCGUGGGACUAUGCGCCGGCGCCGCGGUCGGCAUGCUACUCGUACACUUACUAUAAACCGCUUUUAUCCAGAUAUAGAAGAAAGGUAUGUACUCGGAUGUCAUUGGAAUUCAGUUUGAUAAACGGCUGUCAGAAAUAGGUCGUAAGAAAGGAUUAUUAACGGGAGAAUUCGAUUAUGCAAAGGCAUACAGUUACUUUAAGUACCUUUAUAUUUUUUUUACUAAUUUGGAUGCGUAUGCAUCAUGCUUGCAAUGUCGUGAUUUUGUAGAAAUGUGAAGAUAUUAAAUUGUCAGUCUUCCUCGCUUUGCAAAUCAAUACAAUUCGCUAUAUGUUUUAUAUUUCAUGAUUUUUUAAAGUACAUAUGUACGUGAGAUAGUUAUUAUUCCGCGGGCGGUACUUGCUUCAAUAUUAUUAAGACUAUGACAUUUAUUCUCUGGACAUUUCACUAGUAAUUCAACAUUUAUUUUUAAAGCUUAAUUUGUACGCUAAGGUCCAAUUUCAACGACAACAUAAACGUCA